AGGAGUAUAUAAGGCGGAACGACCCAGCCUAAGUCAGUCAUUCACCAAGCCAUUAAUCCACCACAUACCAACCAAACAAUCAUGAAGGCCUUCAUCGUGCUGGCAUGCCUCGCCGUCGCAUCGGCUCACCCCGGACUUAGCCACGGAGGUGGUUACGGAGGUAGCUAUGGAGGCCUAGGUGGUCACGGAGGAGCUGGUCUUAGCGGUGGACUUGCUGCUGGUGCUGGAACCGCAGGCUCCCUCCAAGGUGGUGCAUCCAGCUUGGGAUCCGGUGGUCUUGGUGCUAGCUAUGCUGCUGGAGACUUGGAGGCGCUGGCGGCUUCGCAGGAGGCGCAGGAAUCGGAGGUGGACACGAUGGCGGAUAUGGAGGCCAUGGUAAAUGGUAAACGGGUCAACACCUCAGUCAUUUCGGCUCGGCGACAACGGAAACCUCCCACAGUUAUACCGGUCAAUGAUCCUUAA